AUGGGUCUGCUCAUUUAUACUCUUCUAACCCGGAGUGAAGUGCACAAGGCCGGUCAGAGAGCUGGCCUGCAGUGUAAGUCUAUCUCCGCGCUGUCAUCGGGGACCUGUCUGAAGGUGGGCAGAGUUACACCGUCUCGAAGCACUUUCCCCAUCGUGUGCCGUGACCUGGGUUUCUCUCUUGUUGUGCUAAAGCCUGCCAUCACCUGUCAGCUGCACUCAGGGAAGCUGUUCCUCAGUCUCGUCCCCCCCCAAAGAGGCCCUCAGGAGAGCCGUGUGUCCCGCCGGGCCCUGUCUGGAACAGAUGAACUGGGGAGAGCAGCAAUCCCUGUGGGCAUCGCCUCUCCAAUCACUCUCUCCUCAGCCUCUGGGGGGAUCAGGGGAACAAGGCGAGAGUGGAGCGCAGGGAAAGGGAGGGAAGGUGCACCUGCUCCCAAACACAGAGCCAUCCCUCAGCACCUGUCCCGAGGGCCCUCUGACAACACACAGACACACACUGGCACACAGCCCACGCCCCACAGAUCUGCCCUGCGCUGA